AUUCAUCCCUGUCGUUCGACCAAGACGGCGUUGCGCAAGCCAGACCUUCGCCUCCUCGCCGCACCAGCCCCCGCUCAAUCGCUGCGCAGCCCAACGCCACGUCGCCACUCCAGGCCUAUUUUUGGGGCAUUACAUUCCCGGCCAUGAUGGCCCAUUAUAUGCAGCACAUGGCGCAGCAUAUGCCCAUGUUCCAGCCACCGCCGCCACCGCAGCCGCGCAUCAUCACCUUCAAGACAUUGAAGGAUAAUGGAGCGGAAGAGUUUCGAGGAGACAAGAUGGGGGAGCCCCAGAUUGCGUUGGAGUGGCUUGAGCAGAUGGACUGGGUGCUCAAGAAUUUGAGAGUCCCUGAUGCAGAUCGCUCAGAGUUGGCGUCACAGAUGUUCCGGAAGGGAACAUAUGAUUGGUGGAAGCGUAUUGACCAGGAUCCACACACGCCCAAGCCUUGGACUUGGGAUCGGUUUGAUCGAGCUUUCACGAAGGAGUACGUCCCCGCCCGGUACCGCGAGGAGAGGCGCGAUGAGUUUGUUGCGCUAAAGCAGGAGGGGAUUUCACUGCGUGAACUGAGACAGAAGUUCGACUACCUGUCCCAGUAUGCGACGAGUCUGGUCUCCACUCUAGAGGAUCGUUUGAAUGAGUUUGUCAAGAAGCUACGGCCAGACCUGAGGCCAUACGCCGCGCUGAUCCCGAUGACAGAUUUUAAUGCGGCGUAUGAUUUGAUUGUGAAAACGGAAAAGAGCUUGGACGAUUUGCAGGCGAGGAAGAAGGAGGAUUGAGCGACGAAAGACCCGCGACCCGCGGCCAGUGCCGGGCCGAGCAGGAAGAGUUCUGGAUUCGAGGGAAAGAGGUACGAGAAGGGCUCUUCGAGUGCGCUGCCGCCUAAGAGGAGUAAGUCAAAGCCAUCUCCGUCGGCCGCCGCUAGCAACGCGAUCAGAACGAAGAGCCACCCAUAGUGUGUAUAGUGUGGUAGGCAUCACCCGGGUGAGUGUUGGCUCACCCAAGGCUUAUGUUUGGGUUGUGG